AUGGACUUCGAACGACAUGAUCCUCCCUCUGAACAGCCUAAGCGACGGAGACGGAAUGUCGCCCGGAGACGCUUGCGCAACAGAGCUCCCAUCUCGGCGCGUCUCUCCCUAGACAACCAGCUACGGGGGUCGGUCGGUGUGGUGUCGGAUGACCUAGCCAACGAUCUUUUCCAGUUAACCGAGGAGCAAGACCGCGAGAGACACGCAAUCCGCUAUGUCGCGAUCUCGCCAUUUCUCCCCGGUAACAGCGCCGCGGAGGACCUCUCCUGGACCAUUAUUCCCGUUCAGACGCAGAAUCAGAAUCGCUCUUAUGAAGCUCCGCUCCCUCAUUCGACGGUCAUUUUCCCAGAGUCGGCCGAUUCGCUGCAGCCGUUCUAUCAGGCGCUCAGCAAGCUGGACCCCACCCGCCAGUCGCAGCGGGCGGUGGAGAUUCGCGUCUUGGACGUGGCGCCGUUGCACCUGGACACGGUCUAUGUGACAGUCGAGCGAAACUUACUCCGGAACCACGAUGACGUACAGAGCAAGUUCGGCGGUGGAUUUACGACCAAUCUACAGAGCCCCAAUGGGCUUCGCGCAAGACCCGGCAAGGGGCCGGAAGUGAAGAAAUAUACGAAGAAGGCGGCCGCGGAGGUUGAGGAGCGACUCACGGCUGCCGUUCGUGAGGCGCUGGGUUCGCAGAGGGUGGUGCAUACUGGUGAUGUGCUGCCGCUGCCGUUGCCUCCGCACCCAAUCACUUACGCGCCUCCGCCUCCCGCCCAUAUCACGUUUUGCGAGCCGGUGUCGCAGGGUCUGUUGAUGCCGACGACGAAGGUCGUGGUCAUCCAAGCCCGGCCCCACGGUCACCGUUCCCAACGGAGUCUACGGACCAAUUCCGGUUUGCUCAAGCAAGUCGCAGAAGAUGAGGCAGACGAGACCUCCAACGAGCAGUUUUACUCCGCCGCGGAGGAUAAGCCCACGGAAAGCAGCACCGAGAUGGAAGGUGCUACAACGUCAGAUGAUUCGGAGACCGAGGGCUCGGGAGGGAAUGCCAGCGACACCUCGGAUGACUCCCUGGAAGAUAUGAUCUCUCUCUCGGCCCCUCAACUCCCCCAACCGCCAUCCGGUGUUAUGUCAGGCAUGUCCACAGCCACACCACGGGCCAUAGGCCGCCGGUCGGAUGGUGUUCGUACGCCAGGAUCCGUGGUAUCCAACCUGACUUCCACAACCAUGCGUCCUGGACGCGGGGCCGGUGCCGGCAAGGUGUUCAAGGCGGAGGGGCUUCUGCGGGCCAUCCCGAACGAACUCCUGCAUCCCAAACCCCGGGAGGACGAUGAUUCGGAGUCUUACGUUUUCGUAGAUAUUAGCACUCUGGCGAAGAUCGGCUGCUUCUCCGGCGACUGGGUGAGGAUCGAACCCACCGAGGAGCCGCAGCCGAACAUCUUCGCCUCCAUUAAGAUGGGAAGCUUCAAUGAACAGGAAGAAGACUCGGGCGAAUGGCGCGCGGCCCGGAUCUUUGGCCUGUCGGGCCUCCCGUCCGCGAAGCCGCGAUACUCCAUCAACCAGUCGGAGGGAAGAAGGUCGAGUUUCUCCCAGCGCCCUGCUACGCGCCUCACCCCGUCCGUGUUCCUGCCUCCUCUACUCCUGAACAAUCUUGACAACCCUAAAUAUCUUCGUCUGUCUGCUUUGUCGUUCGGAGGGGCCAAUGGAGGCUCCAAGGCCGGCGGCCUGUUGCAUCAGAUGAAGGCAGGGUCCGUUAGAAGCCCACCCCUGGCCAAGGAGGUCACCUUGCUCAAGAUCUCCACUCCCCUCUCCAUGGACCGCGUCCUGCAACCGGCUUUGUUCUCCGGACUGAAGCAGUACUUCGAGUCCAAACGGCGCCUCCUCAAGAGUGAUGACCUGGUGGGAAUUGCCGUCGACGAGGGACUUGGGCGGGCCGUUUUCGCCGGGUCUGCUACAAAUGACGGGGCGGCCCAAGACGAGGACCUCACCACUCGACUAGGUCAAGUGGCCGAAAGCGACCAGGCUGGUUCGAGGAAGAUUGGCGUGGCUUGGUUCCGCGUAGGCCAGGUUGUCCCGACGCUUCCCGAGGACCAGGAUGAGAUCGGCGAAGAACAAUGGGGAGGCGUUGCCAUCAUUGAUCCCACCACUACGAGGAUGGUGCAAGCAGGGAGCGACGUGAGCCGCGUUCCUGGCACUUUGAACAAUGGCUGGGAGUACUGGUUUGGCGCGAAGACGAUCCCGAAGUCGCUUGGGGACUCUCAAAAUGCGCACGGUUUAAUCACCGAACCGCCACAGACGUUCAUCCCCCCGCUGCAGCAGCGUAUCAGAGAUCUGAUGUCAGUUGCUACGAGUCCUCGCGCGAUUCAGCUCGGCAUGAAGCCCGUGGUGAUCUUGUUGCGGUCGCAGCAACGGCACAUUGGCAAGGCCAUGGUGGCCACCCGUGCCUGCGCAGACAUCGGCCUCCAUACGUUCCCCAUCGAUGCCUACGAUAUCUUGACGGAAGGUGGCGCCAACGGUGGCGAUGUCAAGACUGAAGCCUACCUGAAAGCGAGAGCAGAACGCGCUUUCCACUGUGGAUCUGAAUGCACGGCGCUCCUUAUCAAGCACAUCGAGGUUUUGACUGCGGAUCGCAUCGUCUCCGCGAUGACCGACAUCCUGGCUGAUUCCCGAGUUGUCAUCGCGACCACGACGGAUGUCGAGCAGAUUCCGGAAGGCAUCCGCAGCAUGUUCACGCACGAGUUCGAGAUGACGGCACCCGAGGAGAAGGAUCGUGAGGGCAUCUUGCGUAACGCAGUCUCUGACCGGAGCAUCAAGACAUCCCCUGACGUGGAUCUCGGCACCGUUGCGCUGAAGACCGCUGCUUUGGUGGCCGGGGAUCUGGUAGACGUUGUCGAACGGGCGGCGGCUGUGCGGAUGGCUCGCCUAGAAAAAUUGGUGGACAAUGCCAACAAACAGACCCCGGGCGCGAUGGUCACCAUUCGGGAUAUUCUCCUGGCCGGAGGCGAUGCCGCACGGGGAGUUACCAAGGCCGAUUUUGACGCCGCCGUUGAGGCCGCGAGGAAGAACUUCGCCGACUCGAUCGGUGCGCCUAAGAUCCCGAACGUCGCCUGGGACGACGUCGGUGGCCUGAGCACCGUCAAGGACGCUCUCACCGAGACCAUUCAGCUUCCACUCGAGCGGCCCGAACUCUUCGCCAAGGGGAUGAAGAAGCGCAGCGGUAUCCUGUUCUACGGUCCGCCGGGUACGGGCAAGACCCUGCUGGCCAAGGCCAUUGCCACUGAAUUCUCCCUGAACUUCUUCUCCGUCAAGGGUCCCGAGCUUCUGAACAUGUACAUUGGUGAGUCAGAAGCCAACGUCCGACGAGUCUUCCAAAAGGCGCGCGACGCUCGGCCGUGCGUCGUCUUCUUCGACGAGCUGGACUCCGUGGCGCCCAAGCGAGGCAACCAGGGUGACAGCGGCGGUGUCAUGGACCGCAUUGUCAGUCAGCUGCUUGCCGAGUUGGAUGGCAUGAACGGCGGCGAAGAGAACAGCGGCGGUGUCUUCGUUAUCGGUGCCACGAACCGUCCCGAUCUGCUGGAUACGGCCCUUCUGCGUCCCGGUCGGUUCGACAAGAUGCUCUACCUCGGUAUCUCCGACACGCACGAGAAACAGGCGACGAUUCUGGAAGCGCUCACCAGGAAAUUCAACCUGGACCCCGAUCUCUCGCUUGGCCGCGUGGCCGACCGACUGCCCCUGACGUAUACGGGUGCGGAUCUCUACGCCCUCUGCUCUGAUUCCAUGCUCAAGGCCAUCACCCGCAAGGCGACGGCCGUCGAUGAGAAAAUCAAGCAGAUCCCCGGUGAAUCUGUCAGCACGGCCUACUUUUUUGACCAUCUGUCUACCCCAGACGAUGUGGCUGUGAUGGUCACGGAGGAAGAUUUCACUGCGGCCCAGGGUGAACUCGUCCCCAGUGUUAGCGCCAAGGAACUAGAGCACUUCGAGCGAAUCCGACAGAGCUUCGAAUCCGUCGACAAACAAAAGCAAGAGUCCAGCUCGCAAGGCGCCGCCGGCGCACAAACCAUCGGCGACGCUCUCGAGUCGCUUAAAUUAGGCGACCAACCAACCGACCAGGUAAUCGACGGGCCCAUGCCCAUCACAAACGGCGACCACGCGACGCCAACCAGCAACGGCAGCAACUCCGGCAAAGGCAAAGGCAAGAUCGGGUCGUCCAUCAUGCGCAACGCGACGGGCUUCCUGACGGGCCACAAGGGGAAGGGCAAGAACGGCAGCGUCCCGUCGCUUGGAAAGGGGAAAAACAAGUCUAUCACUUCUAUCCGGACGGGCGAUUCCGACUCUUCGCUGGAGGGGGGCCCCACGGGGUCUAGUCGGGGUGCGUCUGGGUCUUACUCGGGAAGAGCUUACGACGAUGUGGGUGAGGAGGAUGAUGACGGGGCGGUCAAUGGGGAUGAUGAAUAUGUUGUGAGGACUGAUCAUUUGGCCCAGUCGGGGGGUUCAAAGUAG